AUGGCCUCCUCGCCUGUCCUCGACGAGAAGUAUGCGGCGUCGAGCCCGAACCCGAGUGAUGUUGAGAAGGGCUCGGCGUCGAUGAGCGAGUCGCGCGAGCAGUCGCGCGAGGAGGAGGUCGACCUUGCGUAUGUGGUUGAGCCCGAGGCGGAGCGUAGACUCGUACGGAGGAUUGACGCACGCAUCGUACCGACGUGCAUGCUCAUCUAUCUCCUCUGCUACCUCGACCGCGCAAAUAUCGGCAACGCCAAGGUCUUGAACGCCGAUACAGGCGACGACCUUCUCCAAGGAACACAUACUUCGGCUGGACAAUACCUCACGGCUCUACUACUAUUCAUCAUCGCAUACACGAUCUUCGAGACGCCGUCAAACUACAUGCUUAAGCGUUUCCGGCCUGCUCGCUGGCUCGCACUACUCAUGGCGUCCUGGGGGACUCUCACAAUGUGUCUCGGCGCGUCGCAUAACUUUGCGACUCUCGCUGCUGUACGGUUCUUACUUGGUGCUUUCGAGGCGGGUCUAUUCCCAGGCAUGGUCUACUAUCUUACCUUCUGGUACACUCCGAGAGAACGUGCCGUUCGCGCAGCGCUCAUCUUGGCUUGUGCGACGCUCGCGGGCGCAUUUGGAGGUGCCAUCGCGUAUGGCGUUGGGCAUAUGAAUGGUGUUGCCGGUCUCGAGGCCUGGCGCUGGCUGUUCAUCCUGGAAGGUAUCCCCUCCGUCAUCUACGCAGCCGUGAUCCUAUUCAUUCUCCCCAACUACCCUGAGAACGAGACCUGGCUCACCGAAGAAGAACGCGCUCUCGCAAUCGGUCGUCUACGUGGCGAACGCUCCCUCGGCCACGCCCGUCUCACAUGGGCGGAUGCGCGCGCAACGCUUACCGACUGGCGCCUCUACCUGCACUACACCGUCUACAUCUCGAUCUCUGUCCCCUUCGCCUCAAUAUCCUACUUCGCUCCAUCCGUCGUAGCAGGACUAGGCUACAAGGGCCUCGACGCGCAACUGUGGACCGUGCCACCUUAUGCCAUCGCCUUCGUCGUCACCGUAUUCGUCGCGUAUCUGGCGGACAAGUACGAGGCGCGAUCGAUUGCGUCUGCGAUAUCGCUCGUGAUAUCAGGCGUGGCGUUCAUAGCUGAAGGCGCGAUUGAAGGCGAGGCGUACAAAGCGCGCAUGGGGCUACUCGUCAUCGCCGUAUCAUUCGCAUUCGCUUCUAUCCCUCCGCUACUCUCGUGGUUGACGGGUAAUCUCCGGACGACGGCCGCUGCGACGCUCGCUGUACCGCUCAACGUGUCGAUCGGCCAACUCGGGCAGAUCGUGGGGAUUUACAUCUAUAAGAGCGCUGAGGCGCCGAGGUACCAGACGGGCCAUUUUACGAAUGCUGGGUUUAGCAUUGUGGGAGCUAUGGUAGUUAUGGUGUUGAGGACGAUCUAUGUGAGGAGAAAUAAGGGGCUCAAGGAGGGGGAGAGGAGGUGGAGGUUGUAA